AUUAAGCCACAUGGAGACGUUAUAUGCUAAUUUACUAUGUGCAACCUUCUAUAAGUGCUCGUAUCUUCUUGUAGCUAGGCUCUGAGGAGUACCAACCGUGGUCGUGAACCGAUACCAAAGCAUGCUAGCGGAUGAGGCGAGGCAUGGCAGCAACUGCGGGCCAUGAUGAAGGACAAGGUCGUACUUAUGCGAAGGAUUUUGUAGUCGCGGCCGAGCAGGAUGGCCAUGCGUCUUCGUCUGCAGCGGUUAGUGCGCGUCAAGCAGAAGACGUGAGCACAAGUAGUAUCCAUGGGCGUAUCAAGCGUGGCCGGCGAGACGGUGUGGAGGAUGCCCGCACGUCCUCCAGCCAAUCCACGCUCAACUUGGUCAAUUGCAUUCUCGGCGCCGGAGUACUUGGCUACCCAUUUUGCUUCCGUUCGUGUGGGCUGCUGCUCGGCACGAUGCUGAUGCUCGUGUCCAUUGCAGCUUCGCGCUUCUCCUACGACCUCCUACUCUACUGCAGUCAAAUCAGCAAUAAGAAGUCGUACGAAGAGCUUGCAGAGCAGGCCAUCGGCAAGAUUGGCAGGCAGAUUGUAGAGUUAUGUACGGCAGCGCUGAACCUGGGUUGCAUCGUUGCUUACCUCAACAUCCUGGCAGACGUGCUAUCGGCUGUGGCCGGAACCAUAAUCCCCCCUGGAGCCGAACCCUCGCGUAACGCCUACAUCACAGGCGUCAGUCUGUUCGGCGCGCUGCCCGUGGCUCUGUGGGUUCGCGACCACGCCACCAUCGCCACCUUCUCCACCGCCAGUGUCGGCUUCGUCAUCCUGUUCGCGGUGGUGGUGAUCAUAUUCGCACUGGCGCCGCUGCCGGCUGCAGCCGCCGCCACCGGCUCCGUGGCUCUGUGGCGGCCAGAGGGUCUGCUGGUGGCCUUCCCCGUCAUCGUGUUCAGCUUCACCGCGCACCCCUACUACCUGGGCAUCUUCAACAACCUGCACGCGGCAACACUGGCGCGCAUGAACCGGGUGACGAACCUGGCCAUGGGCAUGUCAGGUCUGCUGUACUUCCUGGUGGGGGUGGGCGGCUACCUCACCUUCCGCAACCGCACCGCAGGAGACCUGCUGCGCAACUUCGGUGCCGCGCAUGUGGACGGGCUGCGCGGCGCCUACGAGCGGGCCAUCAAGCUGUGCUACGGACUCAGCAUCCUGGGCAGUGUGCCGCUGGUGAUCCUGCCCUUCUACGGCAUCAUGGCGCCGCUGCUGCCGGGGGGAGGAGGAGGAGGAGGAGGAGGGGGGAUGGAGGCGGGAGGAGGAGGAGGCGGGGAGAAGGGAGGAGCGGCGGUGGCGCUUCAUAAGCGCACCAGCAGCGACGGCGGCAGCAUCAGCAGCCCCUUGCAGCACCCCAGUGGCGGCAGCGCCACCGCUGGCGGCGGCGGCGGACCCAUGGGUCGGCGCCUCGCCAAGCAGCAGGGCGGCGGUGCCGGCCUUAGUCGCAGUGCGGGCGGUGGCGGCGGCAGCCACCCGCCUCACGAGGUGGACGUGGUGGAUCUGCGGCUGCUGCAGGCUGCGGGGGGGGACGGCGAGGGGGCGGCGGACAGCGAGGCGCUGCCCUUCAGCCAGCAUGCGCUGGUGGUGCUGGUGGUGCUGGGCACUGCGCUCGCCUCCGCCAUCUGGGUUCCCAACAUCGAGUUCAUCUUCGGCCUGACGGGCGCCACCGCCUCCGUGCUGCUGUCAUACAUCCUGCCCGCCGUCACCUUUAUCCGCCUGCUGGACGCCACACCGGAGCUGCUGGGGGCGGGCAAGUUCCAAGUCAUGCCGCAGGCGAUCCGUUCCGAGUGGCUAUGGCGCAAGCGCAAGGCCAUAGCGCUGCUGUGCUUCGGAGUGGUCAGCGGCAUCACGUGCACGGACGCGAUCCUGUCCGCCGUGCAGCAGGAAGCCGCCGUGGUUCACCUGGCUCAGCAGCUGGUGGCGCACGAGGUGGUGGUGGAGCAGGCGGCGCGCGUGCAGCAGUCGGCGCGGGCAGCGGUGGCGGCGGUGUCGGCAGUGGAGCAGGCGGCCAAGCAGCUGGGCUCCGUCACGGCCAACGUGACGGGCGCGGGGGGGACGUACACCAAGCUGCAGCAGGCGGCAGCGCAGCUGGAUGCGAUUGCGGGG